AUGGGGAGAUCGUCGCCUCCAUUCCUUUACGAUCAGCCGGCUACCUAUAGUUUCAAGGGUCCGACGGACCGUGGUUUCAACCCUAGGGCCGCGACGGAAGCGAGUUGGACUCGUCCAGCCGAAAAACCCAAGACGAAUGGGCCACUGGUGAACUUCAAUCGCCACCCAGAUACAUGGGGUUCUUUCAAUACGGCCACCUCAUUCACGCCGAUGAACCCAAGGACCAAGGUUCGGGUCAAGUAUGCGCGGAAAACUCAACUAGCACUCCGUGUGCUCACUCUUUUGGGGGCUCUCGGCUCUCUAUUUUGUGCAAUUGUCAUUAAGGGAGCUGCUGUGACUGUCAUUUGGAUUAUUCGUGCAGGCCCAAUUGUCGCAAUUCUCCACACCAUAUAUGGCAUCUGGCACAAUUCCCGAUCUGCCCUUACUCGACCCGCCGGUUCCCAAGCCAGCUAUGGUUUAUUCGCCUCUACCCUUGAUUUCGGACUUAUCCCAUUUUAUGUCUUCACCGCGUUCAUGGCGUAUGGAGAAUGGACAUCCAAUGCCUACAACUGGAAAACUCUCUUCAACGACAGCGAUAUCACAGCGAAAAUUUCGGAAACUACUUUCAUCUUGGCUCUCGCAAAUGGGGGGUUGCAUCUUAUCUCUUUCGCCAUAUCCAUAUUCUUGGCAAUCACCUUCCGAAAAAUCUCCCACCUACCGCCUGAUAUGAACCCCCUUGAAGACAAUUUGACCGCGCGUCCUCGUAAGAGCCGUAAGCAGGGCGAAGUGGACGAGAAGCAUCUUAGCCAAUCGACUAUGAACUCUUUCGAGGAUCCGCUUAUUGGAUCUCCCCGUAGCGUGCCAUUCCUGCAUACACGUGAGCAGUCUCUCGGUGGUGGUUCCAACCGUGGAUCGAUGAGUAUGGUGGAUGAGCAGCGGAAAUCCUACCCUGCUGUUACUCAUCAACGCCUAUCUCAUUUGGAAUCUCCGAUAGAGCCCUCCAGCCCGGAGAUGCUUUUCCACCACCCUGCAAGCCAACCAUUUGAUUUGACUUCAACAUCACCAAUCCCUGCUCCUGAGUACCGAAAAGUUGCCUCCCACGCCCCUGAGAUCAUUGAUGCCACUGCUCAAAUGCGUCAUUUGUCAUCCCGCACCGCUGACCGAUCGGAGACUGUCAGUCCCUUGUCUGAUAACUGGGUGGCUUACUCGGAACGAUCUAUGUCACCCGAAGCGCAGCAUGCGGAUGAAACUACUCUUCGUCAGUCUUCUUCUGUUUACAGCAGAAAAUCCGACAGAACAACGACAUCCACCGGCAGCGGCUUCCGGGAUUGGUUUGCUUAUGGAUCCAAGCCUGCGCCUAGCAUCGGUAGUGCUAUCCCAGAAGAUGUCCGCGGCGAAUAUGCGUCGCUCGCUAUGCACGAGUACUACGGCCUUGAUGAUAACGAUCGCGAACAAGAUGUGGGCGAUCAGCGCAUGGACAUUUUCCCAGACCCAGAGGAGCACAACGACGACCUUAUCGACGAGCGCGAUGGCUCUCUUCCAUUCAAUCCCCUCAUGCUCAAUCCGCCUACCCCUCAGCCUGUCUUGAACCAAAAGACGGAGGACACCGAUCCUGUGCGGCGCAUUGCCUUGAGUGACCAACCCAACCUUUCAUACAACGAAGUGACACAGCCUGUGUCUGUUCCACACGAGAGCCCCAAGCCAUCCUCUCCCAGAACCCGCUUCUAUGGUGAGCUGGAUGUGGAUGGCAAGCCCGGACUGGGGCUAGACCGAGAGCCAAGCGUGCAGAUCGCCCGCAAACCUACCAAGUUGACGAAGAGGCAAAGCAAGAAGAUGUCUGCCUACGCAGCACUCAAAAAGGAUGAUAGUGGCGACGAAUCUGGGUACCUGUCACCCAAGAUCCCGACCUCACCUCGCGCCAUUGAGAGCGACCGCAAAGGUCGCGUCGUGAGUAACACCGGCGCAGACACUGCCCGCCCAGGAAUCGUAGCUGGUGUAGGCGCCUCUCUGUCCUCCUACGGCAGCUACAUCGCUGGUCUAGGCGUUGGACGUCGCCGUGACGUGAGCGGAAAAGUUGCCGAGGAAGGGCGCAGCGAACAGGUAGUUGAAGAGCGGCCCAGCCAGAAUCACACCCCAGGCUCGUCGCCAACUCGAGCAGCAGGAUGGGCCCGCUUUGCCGGACUGUAG